AGCAGGGAUUGUCCUUUUACAUUUGAUGUUCUUUUUUUCACUCCACAUUUGCCAAUCAAGUUGGCAUCUAUGCACAAUUGAGCAUGUCUGGCUCCAAGUUAAAUGAAGUCUCUUUGAAAUAUAUUAAAUGUAUUUGCACACAGCGUUGAUAUACGGUGCUUUUUUUCUGGAAGAUUUAGCUGUUUUUUUUCUUUCCUGGAUGUUUCUGUUGGGCGUCGUCACUUUAAGAUGUUUCUUUGUACAUGUUUUUGUUUGUUGCGGUUGCACCCGAGUCAAGAGCUGCAUGGCUCACAGGGCUAUUCCUAAUAAAUGAAAAUGAAAAACUGAAACCGAAAAAUUGUAAAAUGUUGCGCUGCACGUGCAGGCCACGUGCGCCCCCUGCUGAUGUCCCACCACCUCCAGGCGCCAGAAUUUUAGUGAAACAACAAAGGUUCCGGCCUGAAUAAAGGUUCCGUUCCUUAUACGGUAUGCACUUUUUUUCUUUAAAUUACUGUACAAUUAAAAACAACGAUUACCCCGAGAGAUGUUAUUGGGGACACUCUAGAGAAUUUAACUUCGUCGCCGCCGUUUGUUUACCCUCGAGAUAAACGCAUUUUAGAAUGUUAAUAUUGGGCGAAUGCGCGUGACGUGUCGCGUUCCGGGUGAAACACGUGGGCCUCAAUCCUGGAGCGUCCGCAUGGUCACGGACGAGAGUGAAACGCUAGAUUACUUCUUCUCUGGUUCUUUCGGUAAAGUCACGUAGAAUGAGAAUAAAAUAAUAAAAUAACACAAUAAAAUUCUCACGACGUUUCGGCCACAACAGCAAGCGGCCGUCUUUUUAACGUGUUUAGCGUAACAUUAUCAACGGCGCAGACGCAAAAUAAAAAACCACCCUAUACACACCGCUAUGGGGAAAAAGAAGCAGGGUCCAAACUUGGGCCGCUCUAUAAUAAAAGACCGGAAUAAUGCCAGCAGAACUCAGCGCAAGAACGACUCUUGGCUGCACACGAGCGAGCUGAACGACGGCUAUGACUGGGGCCGCCUGAACCUGCAGUCGGUGACCGAGCAGAGCGCGCUCGAUGAGUUCCUCAGCACCGCCGAGCUCGCCGGCACGGAGUUCACGGCAGAGAAGCUGAACAUCAAGGUGGUGUCUGAAGUCGCACGGACGGGCGUGCUUUCGGACGAGGAGAGUCAGAAGAUGAAGCUGCUUCAUGAAAGCAACAAGCACUUCCUGAACAUCCCACGACGACCCCGCUGGGACGCGUCCACCACAACUGAAGCGUUGCAACUCAACGAGCGGGAGGACUUCCUGGCGUGGCGCCGCCAGCUCGCCAUACUCCAGGAGAAAGAGGAGCUCAUUCUCACUCCAUUUGAGAGGAACCUUGACUUCUGGAGGCAGCUGUGGAGAGUCAUCGAACGGAGUGACGUUGUUGUUCAGAUUGUGGAUGCAAGAAAUCCACUCCUGUUCAGGUGUGAAGAUCUGGAGCGGUACGUCACGGAGGUGUCUCCGCACAAGGACAACCUCAUCCUGGUGAACAAGGCCGACCUGCUCUCCGAGGGCCAGCGCCAGGCGUGGGCCGACUUCUUCGAGGCGCAGGACGUCCGCGUUGUCUUCUGGUCUGCGCUGCACGAGGCCAAGCGGCUGGAGGCCGAGGCGCAGGGCUUGGACGAGUAUGAACAAGACACAGAGGGAGAUGGCCCCGACCUCAGCGAGGAGGACACCGAGCCGGAAGAUGGCACGAGGGAAGAGGAGGAGAAGGACGACGGAGGAAAGGACGACGCCAGAACAGCCGACAAAGAAGGCGAAGAUCUCACGGAUGGAUGGGAGACGUGCGAUGAAGAUGAAGAUGAUAGUGAUUUCAAGUCGGUGACCGACGGCGAGGAAUCGUGGCAGGACCUGGGCAUGGAGGAGAGCGCCAGCGCGCCGAGGGCACGUUCGCCCGUCAGGAACUCGAGUCGCUUGCUCCACCAGGACGAGCUGCUCCUCGUCUUCAGGAGCCUCCACGUCGGACCAAAAGUGAAGCGAGGGCAGACGACUAUCGGACUGGUUGGCUACCCCAACGUUGGCAAGAGUUCCACCAUAAACACGAUCCUGCAAAAUAAGAAGGUCCCAGUGUCGGCAACACCGGGGCGGACCAAACACUUCCAGACGCUGUUUGUCGACUCGGACCUGUGCCUGUGCGACUGCCCGGGGCUCGUCAUGCCCUCGUUCGUGUCCACCAAGGCGGAGAUGGCCUGCAGCGGCAUUCUUCCCAUCGACCAGAUGAGGGACCACGUGCCUCCCGUCUCCCUCGUGUGUCAGCAUAUCCCCCGGGCCGUGUUGGAAGCCACCUACGGCAUCAACAUUGUGCGGCCACGGGAGGACGAGGACCCGGACCGCCCCCCGACUGCGGAGGAGCUGCUCUCCGCCUACGGAUACAUGAGAGGUUACAUGACGGCACAUGGACAGCCUGACCAGCCCAGAUCUGCCCGCUACAUCUUGAAAGAUUACGUUAAUGGUAAGCUGUUGUUUUGUUACCCUCCGCCUGGCUUCGACGUCAAAGCCUUCCAGCACCAGCACGUGGCCAUUUUGAGUCCGGAUCAGGCAACAACAGCUUCUGGUUCCCAGGGCUCCAAGCGCAAAGCCUCCAAGGGCAAGUGCAUUGUUAACGAAGUGGACAAAAGCUUCUUCCAUCAGGACAACGUCAGGGCAUUCACCAAGGGCGUGCGGGGCUUGAUGGGUCCACAUCCGGGCGGAGCGGUGCCGCACGCUGCCAACGCCACCCCGGCUGCCCCUGACGCCGAGGGGAAGCCCUGGAAGAAGCAUGGCAACCGCAACAAGAAGGAGAAAGUGCGACGUCUGUGCAAACACCUGGACAACUGAGAGAUGCGAUGCUGCGCCUCGCACUGGUGACGACAAAAAGGGAGCUCAAAGAAGCUACCCGCUCGCUGGAUCGCUUGUGUCACAACCCAACGUGUGAUGUGCUUGCUUGUUAGAUUGAACGAGUUGUGUGUGGAUGUAUGUUGAACUUUGUUCGCACCGUACGUAACCAACAGUGCUCAUCGGAGGUGCGGGGGAAGGACAACUAACUCAACGCAAAAAGCAGUUCUACAUAAAUGCGUUUGUCGCCUCAUUUGUGGAUUGUUGAGUGUAUGUAUGU